CCCAAAAUUAAUAUGGGCCAAGUAGGCAGCCCAUCGUUUUUGACAGUUCAAUUUUGCAAAAAAAAAAAAAUCGAAAAAUAUUUGAAUUUAGCAUGAGCGAAUAGGCGCAAAAUUUCUGCACACCAGGAUGGACUCGAAGGGGACUCAGACAGAAAAGAAGUCGGGAAAGAUACGGAAAAGUAAUCAAAAAGGACGUAUAACUUUACCGGAUGAAGUCCCGCUUCAUCAUCAAAAUGAACCGGUAGUUACGGAAUCACAAGCGGAAUCGGAGCAUCGUCCCUCUAACAAUGAACCCGUGUACAGCUGUGGGUUUGAGGUUUUCGGCAUAGUACAAGGCGUUUCCUUUCGCAUGUAUACCUUGCGAAGAGCCCAGAAGUUGGGGGUCCGGGGCUGGUGCAUGAAUACCUCUCAAAACACUGUAAGAGGUGAGAUUGAAGGACAUAUACGCGCCUUUGAGUCCAUGCGUCUCUGGCUAAAGCACACCGGUAGCCCGACGAGCAGAAUCGACAAAUGUGUUUUCACCGAUAUCAUCGAAAGCUCAAGCUUUAAAUUUAAUAACUUUACUAUUAUAGUGGAAUAAUGUAUGCCUUUACUGCUACAAAACUUAUAUUUUUAUAGUGGCUGUUAUUUUUUGGAUUAAACAUUGUUACAAUAUAGCUUUAAGUAGACAAAUUCAUUUAAAAUUAAUACAAUGAAAACAUCAAAAUUCCAAGUUGUGGUCAACGAGAA